AUGGACACCAGCAGUGCGCAUGCUCAGUUCGGAAGAGCGAGUGGUGGACUACUAGUUGGUAUCAGUCGAGAUAUGAACAAGGAAUUAAGAAUAGAUUGUACAAAAUCGCUGGAGAGAGAUGUUAUUCGCAUCGUGUCAAUUAACUGUGAGCUAUAUGUGCUGCCUAACAUAAAAAGCAGUGAUUUUAAAGACCACUUUGAACGGCUCUUGAAUCCACCACUUCAAAACAAUGUAACAUUGGAAGACAUGCAACAGUACUUGUGGGAUGAACAACUUGAUGGUGAGAUUACGAAUACCGAAAUCCUACAAGUUCUUAAUAAAGCUAAGAUAAACAAAGCUGCCGGAUACGACCGGGUGCCGUACGAAUUCUUUAUUCAUGCUCCACAAAUACUCUUAGACCGACUUGUUGGAAUAUAUAAUAGGAUUCAUCUAACAGAAAGAGUUGAACCAUCUUUUAAGAAGUCCUUGAUCUUCCCCAUCUACAAAAAGGGUGAUAUAAACCUAGCACAAAACUACAGAGGGAUCUCCUUUAUGGAUGCCAUGGCGAAAAUUUACACAGGCAUACUACUCAAACGGCUACAGGAUUGGGAAAAAAGAAACAGGGUUCUUAACGAAUAUCAAGCUGGGUUUAGAGAGGGAUAUAGUACAGCAGAUAAUAUAUUCAAUCUACUGAACAUAGUUAGAAUCAGAAUGGAUGAAGAACCGACACCGAUACCGACAUCAACAUCAUCGUCAACACCAAUACCAACACCAACAUCCACACCAACCCCAACACCAACUUCAACACCAAAACCAGCACCGACAUCAACACAAGCAUCAACACCAACAUCAUCGACAACACCAAUACCAACACCAACACCGACAUCAACACCAACAACAACAUCACCACUAAAACUAACAUCAACACCAACAUCAACACAAACAUCAACAUCAUCGACAACACCAAUACCAACACCAACACCGACAUCAACACCAACACCAACAUCAACACCAACGUCCACACCAGCCCCAACACCAACAUCCACACCAACAUCAACACCUACACCUACAUCAACACCAACACCAACACCUACACCUACACCUACACCGACAUCAACACCAACACCAACAUCAACACCAACAUCAACACCAACAUCCACACCAACCCCAACACCAAGACCCACACCAACAUCAACACCUACACCUACACCAACAUCAACAACAACACCAACACCGAAAUCAACACCAACACCGACAUCAACACCAACAUCAACACCAACAUCAACACCAACACCAACAUCCACACCAACCCCAACACCAACACCCACACCAACAUCAACACUUACACCUACACCAACAUCAACAUCAACAUUAACAUCAACAUCAACAUCAACAUUAACAUCAACAUCAACAUCAACAUCAACAUCAACAUCAACAUCAACAUCAACAUCAACAUCAACAUCAACAUCAACAUCAACAUCAACAACAACACCAACAACAACAUCAACACCAACACCGACAUCAAAACCAACACCAACACCCACACCAACAUCAACACCUACACCUACACCUACACCUACACCUACACCUACACCUACACCUUCAACACCAACAACAACCCCAACACCAAUACCGACAUCAACACCAACAUCAUCGUCAACACCAAUACCAACACCAACAUCCACACCAACCCCAACACCAACUUCAACACCAAAACCAGCACCGACAUCAACACAAGCAUCAACACCAACAUCAUCGACAACACCAAUACCAACACCAACACCGACAUCAACACCAACAACAACAUCACUACUAAAACUAACAUCAACACCAACAUCAACACAAACAUCAACAUCAUCGACAACACCAAUACCAACACCAACACCGACAUCAACACCAACACCAACAUCAACACCAACGUCCACACCAGCCCCAACACCAACAUCCACACCAACAUCAACACCUACACCUACAUCAACACCAACACCAACACCUACACCGACACCAACCCCAAAACACCAACACCGACAUCAACAUCAACACAAAAAUUCAACAUCAACAUCAUCGACAACACCAAUACCAACACCGACAUCAACACCAACACCGACAUCAACACCAACAACAACCCCAACACCAGAACCGACACCGAUACCGACAUCAACACCAACAUCAUCGUCAACACCAAUACCAACACCAACAUCCACACCAACCCCAACACCAACUUCAACACCAAAACCAGCACCGACAUCAACACAAGCAUCAACACCAACAUCAUCGACAACACCAAUACCAACACCAACACCGACAUCAACACCAACAACAACAUCACCACUAAAACUAACAUCAACACCAACAUCAACACAAACAUCAACAUCAUCGACAACACCAAUACCAACACCAACACCGACAUCAACACCAACACCAACAUCAACACCAACGUCCACACCAGCCCCAACACCAACAUCCACACCAACAUCAACACCU